GUCAUGGCGGCGCCGCUGGGUGACGCGGUGCGGCGGCUCUGACGUCAGGCCCGGCCCCCCGGCAGCAUGGCGGCCGUGCCCGCGCCGGCCGGCCCGCGCUGACAUGGACCUCAAGGGCCAGUACUGGACGGACGAUGACUCCGACGGGGACAACGAGUCCGAGGAGUUCCUCUAUGGCGUGCAGGGGAGCUGCGCCGCCGACCUGUACCGGCACCCGCAGCUGGACGCCGACAUCGAGGCCGUGAGGGAGAUCUACAGCGAGAAUGCCGUGGCCGUCAGGGAGUACGGGACCAUCGAUGACGUGGACAUCGACCUCCACGUGAACAUCAGCUUCCUCGAUGAGGAGGUGGCGACGGCGUGGAAGGUGCUGCGGACGGAGCCCAUCGUCCUCCGCCUGCGCUUCUCCCUCUCGCAGUACCUCGAUGGCCCCGAACCGUCCAUCGAGGUUUUCCAGCCGUCCAACAAGGAGGGCUUCGGGCUGGGUCUGCAGCUCAAGAAGAUCCUGGGCAUGUUCACAUCCCAGCAAUGGAAACAUCUCAGCAACGAUUUCCUGAAGACCCAGCAGGAGAAGCGGCACAGUUGGUUCAAGACAAGCGGCACCAUCAAGAAGUUCCGUGCUGGGCUCAGCAUCUUCUCACCCAUCCCCAAGUCUCCCAGCUUCCCUGUUAUCCAAGAUUCAGUGCUGAAGGGCAAACUGGGCAUCCCCGAGCCUCGUGUGAACCGCCUGAUGAACCGCUCCGUGUCCUGCAUGGUGAAGAAUCCCAAGGUGGAGGUUUUUGGCUACCCACCCGCCAGCACCCAGGCAGGUGUUGCCCCCUUCAACAUCCUGGUCGGCGGCCACUGCAAGAACAUCCCCACGCUGGAGUAUGGCUUCCUCGUGCAGAUCAUGAAGUACGCGGAGCAGCGCAUCCCGACGCUCAACGAGUACUGCGUGGUGUGUGACGAGCAGCACGUCUUCCAGAACGGCUCCAUGCUGAAGCCGGCCGUGUGCACCCGGGAGCUCUGCGUCUUCUCCUUCUACACGCUGGGCGUCAUGUCCGGCGCGGCCGAGGAGGUGGCCACGGGUGCUGAGGUGGUGGACCUGCUGGUGGCCAUGUGCCGCGCUGCCCUCGAGUCCCCUCGCAAGAGCAUCAUCUUCGAGCCUUACCCCUCCGUGGUGGACCCCAACGACCCCAAAACUCUGGCCUUCAACCCCAAGAAGAAGAACUACGAGCGGCUGCAGAAAGCCCUGGACAGUGUGAUGUCCAUCCGGGAGAUGACCCAGGGGUCCUACCUGGAGAUCAAGAAGCAGAUGGACAAGCUGGACCCCCUGGCACAUCCCCUCCUGCAGUGGAUAAUCUCCAGCAACAGAUCCCACAUUGUCAAGCUGCCUCUCAGCAGGCAGCUGAAGUUCAUGCACACCUCCCACCAGUUCCUCCUGCUCAGCAGCCCCCCGGCCAAGGAAGCCCGGUUCCGCACGGCCAAGAAGCUCUACGGCAGCACCUUCGCUUUCCAUGGCUCUCACAUUGAGAACUGGCACUCCAUCCUCCGCAAUGGGCUGGUCAACGCCUCCUACACCAAACUGCAGGUACCAGUCUGCUCCCUGCACCCAGCACACCCCAGGGCCGCAGGCGGGCAGGGAGGGGCAGGGAGGGAGCAGACACUGGGGAGUCCCAGGCUUCCUCCACUACCACUGUGCCUGAGCUGUCGGGGUGAUCCCACCACGCUCACCCUGGUAUUUUCCUGCAAGCUGCAUGGAGCAGCCUAUGGCAAGGGCAUCUAUCUGAGCCCCAUCUCCAGUAUUUCCUUUGGAUACUCAGGAAUGGGGAAAGGGCAGCACCGGAUGCCGUCGAAGGAUGAGCUGGUGCAGCGGUACAACCGGAUGAACACGAUCCCCCAGACCCGCUCCAUCCAGUCCCGCUUCCUCCAGAGCCGCAACCUGAACUGCAUCGCGCUUUGCGAAGUGAUCACCUCCAAGGACCUGCAGAAACACGGCAACAUCUGGGUGUGCCCUGUCUCGGACCACGUCUGCACACGCUUCUUCUUUGUGUACGAAGAUGGCCAAGUGGGAGACGCCAAUAUCAAUACUCAGGACCCCAAAAUCCAGAAGGAGAUCAUGCGUGUGAUCGGGACUCAGGUGUACACAAACUGAGUGGUGGCGGUGGGACCCUGGGACCCCCGGGCACCGAGUGAGCCCCCGGGCAAGGCUGGGCAGGGCCGAGCAGGUUUUGAGCCCCCCGGGCAGGGCAGAGCCGGGGCAGCCCCGGCGGCUCCACCUGUACAUAGGCGUUGGGCACCCUGUGAGCACCGGGCGGGUUCAGCAGUCCCUUAUCCCCUCCCUGUCCCCUUCCCACUGUCCCCGACUCUGUGGCAGCCUGGAGGAGGAGCUGUGGGAGCAGCGUGGCUGGGGACGGCCCCUCCUGGCGUUGGCAGCGACGGCGUUUUUAUCAAUGAUGAGAAACUGAAGCAAAAAAAAACCCAAACAACCAAAACAAACCCAAAAACACAGGAAAAAAAAAAAGAAAAAAGGAA